ACUGUGGUUGCAUUGCUACUGUCACGAGCAACGUUGCAGUGAAUAAAGAAUUUUUGUGAUCUUAGAAAAUUUUUUCCAAUUUGAAAUUUUGUGAAAUUUCUUUUGCUUAAAGUAUAAAGAAAAGGGGAAAAGAAAAACGUGUGCAACACUCUGAUUCCAGAAAAAUCAAUAGCUUCUUGAAGAAAGAAAGAAUUUGUAGCAAGAAAAAAGUAACCAUAUCUGCAAAAUUGUGGGCCAAGGGACAACCACAAAAGAAAAAAAAAUAAGCAUUACACAUUUCCUUUUUUGCGUUAUUGCGAUUGGGGAAUAGGUAAAAAAUUAACAAGAAAAAUGUUUCAAUAAAAUAAAACAAUAGGUCAAACAAAAAAUCGUGGUAGAUUUUUACUGUAACGUGGUCUACUGUGAAAAGGAGAGGAGUAAAGCGUAAAGAUGGGAGACGUUGAUCCUGAGACCCUUUUGGAAUGGCUCUCAAUGGGACAGGGCGAUGAGCGUGAUAUGCAAUUGAUUGCUUUGGAACAAUUGUGUAUGCUUUUGUUAAUGUCAGACAAUGUGGAUAGAUGUUUCGAAAGCUGUCCACCGAGAACAUUUUUGCCAGCACUUUGCAAAAUUUUCCUUGAUGAAAUGGCACCGGAAAAUGUCCUAGAAGUUACCGCUCGUGCUAUUACUUACUACUUGGACGUGUCUGCGGAAUGUACACGUCGUAUCGUAGCUAUUGAUGGAGCUAUUAAAGCUAUUUGCAAUCGUUUAGUUGUUGCCGAUCUAUCAUCCCGGACGUCUCGUGAUUUAGCGGAACAAUGCAUCAAAGUCUUGGAAUUAAUUUGUACGAGGGAAGCUGGCGCUGUGUUCGAUGGAGGCGGCCUAAACUGUGUCCUUUCGUUUAUUCGAGAUUGUGGUUCCCAAGUUCACAAAGAUACUCUCCAUUCUUCGAUGGCGGUUGUCUCUCGAUUAUGCACCAAAGUAGAGCCAAACACGCCAUGCAUUCAAAAUUGUGUGGAAAGCCUGAGUACCCUGUUACAACACGAGGAUCCAAUGGUUUCAGAUGGAGCAUUAAAAUGUUUCGCUUCUGUCGCCGAUCGUUUUACGCGCAAGUGGGUUGAUCCCGCUCCUCUGGCUGAGUAUGGUUUAGUCAAUGAGUUACUUAAGCGCUUAAGUAAUGCUGCAGGACCUGUUGGCAAUACAAGUCUGAACGUACCGAAUGCUACAACACCCACCGCUGCUGGCCCAACGACCUCAGGUGGUCAUGGAGAAGCUGUAACAGUUCCUAUAACAGCAUCUGUUCAAAAACCCCAAUCUGGAGACACAAGCCGUUCUUCUCAAUCAAUAUCAACAACUAUUUCACUCUUGUCGACUCUAUGCCGUGGCUCUUCUUCAAUUACGCAUGACUUAUUGCGCUCUCAAUUACCAGAUGCUAUUGAGAGAGCUCUAAAAGGAGAUGAAAGAUGCGUGUUGGACUGUAUGAGAUUGGCAGAUCUGUUACUUUUACUCCUUUUUGAAGGCCGGCAAGCUCUAAACCGGGUUAAUGCGGCAGGCGGCCAAGGCGGUCAAUUGGCCUCCCGCACUCGUCGCAGUGAUUCUACCGUGGAACGGACACACCGUCAAUUAAUAGAUUGCAUACGUUCAAAAGACACAGAAGCAUUACAGGAAGCUAUCGAAUCUGGAGGAAUUGAUGUUAACUGUAUGGAUGAUGUUGGUCAAACUUUGUUGAAUUGGGCAUCGGCUUUUGGUACGUUGGAAAUGGUUGAAUAUUUGUGCGAAAAAGGAGCCGACGUCAACAAGGGUCAGCGCAGCUCGUCCCUGCAUUAUGCCGCUUGCUUUGGACGUCCUGGUAUUGCAAAAGUACUCCUAAAAUAUGGUGCAUAUCCCGAUUUGCGCGACGAAGAUGGAAAGACACCUUUAGAUAAGGCAAGAGAACGUAAUGACGAUGGACAUCGUGAAGUCGCUGCCAUACUACAAUCACCAGGUGAAUGGAUGGCUGCAGGUCAUAGCCUCGUCAAUAAGGAAGGUUCCGAUGAUAACACUGCAAUCGAGCCACGUGGAGAUCCGGAAAUGGCUCCAGUCUACCUUAAGUUGUUUUUGCCAAUGUUCUGUCGUACAUUUCAAGGCACAAUGCUAAGUAGUGUUCGCCGCGCCAGCUUGGGUCUAAUUAAAAAGAUGGUGCAGUAUGCAAAUCCUCAAGUUCUGAAAGGACUCUGCAAUUCUCAACCCGAUACAUUAUCAGCGGAUGCAGCAAUAGUUCCAAUUAGCUCGAACUGUAAUUUAGGAACACUUCUAGUGGAGGUUGUGGCCAGUGUUCUCGACAACGAGAUUAGCUACAGUUGGCCAACGCUUUGGUAUCCUUCAUGCAAUGGCAUGUUAAGACCAUUCCGAUAUGCUGCCGGACAGGCUUCCGAUCCACGGUACAUUAUAACAGCGUCUGAAACUAAGGCUGAAUAUAGGGACGACGAUGACGGCCAUCUUGUUGUACUUACAGUAAUCGAAGAGCUCAUGAACAAGACUCAAGACGAGUUUUUGGAUCAUUUUGCUCGAUUGGGAGUCUUUUCAAAAGUACAAUCCUUAGUGGAAACAGAAAAUGAAGUUGAUGGCGUUAAACAGGCUACUAUUAAUGUAACUACCAAUAACUCGGAUGAGACAACAGCCACCACCGGAGCACCGGGACAACAAGCACAAACAGAAGAUGCUAUGGAAGAUGCUAAAGAAAUUUUACAAGGGAAAGCUUAUCACUGGCAUGAAUGGAGUAUUUGUCGAGGACGCGACUGUCUAUACGUUUGGUCCGAUUCAGCAGCUUUGGAACUUUCAAAUGGAUCUAACGGUUGGUUCAGAUUUAUACUCGAUGGAAAAUUGGCCACAAUGUACUCCAGCGGCAGCCCUGAAAAUGGCAAUGACAGUUCAGGAAGGGGACGUGGCAUGGAUUCUUCGAAUAGUGAAGAAAAUCGAGGAGAGUUUUUGGAAAAGCUCCUGCGUGCCCGCUCUGCUGUACGUCCGGGAACACCUUCUCAACCGAUUUUACCCACAGUAAGCGUCCUGCGGUUAGUGGUUGGUAAUUGGGUGUUACAGUCACAGAAGCAGAACCAACUUCAAAUCCAAAAUACUGAAGGUCAUCAAGUCACUAUACUGCAAGAUGAUUUACCCGGUUUCAUCUUCGAAAGUAAUAGGGGUACCAAACACACGUUUACGGCCGAAACAACACUGGGUCCCGACUUUGCGACGGGUUGGUCCACUAAUAAGAAAAAGAAAAUUAAGACUAAAACUGAAAUUCAGAAGACACAGGUUAAAAAUAUGGCUCGUGACAUUUACAAUAAAUAUUUCAAGGCGGCUCAGGCUGUACCCCGUGGAGCAGUGGCCAAGUUGACGAGCAUCGUGAAGAGAAUAGAAGUGGCCCUGGAAGAACAAAGGAUUCCGGGGCAGAGCAUGUGGCAAGAUAAACUGCGCGACGCUCUCAAUGAGUUGUCACAAUUGCUGCAAGAGGAUGGAGUUGUCAGCGCAUAUGAAAUGCACUCGUCUGGACUUGUUCAGGCCUUAGUGGCAGUGCUUUCCAAAAACUAUUGGGACAAUGGUUUGUCUCGAAGCAAGAUGAAUAAAAUGCAAAAGCAACGCAUCAACAUCUUUAAACAAUGCAUCAUUAACUGCAAUGCCAAGGGGAAUAGCACAGCGUCAAUUUUAGUUCAGAAGCUAGUAGCGGUUUUGGAGAGCACCGAAAAACUGCCAGUCUACUUGUACGACGCACCUGGUCCUGGAUAUGGUCUUCAAAUAUUGACAAAACGUCUACGUUUUCGUUUGGAGCGGGCCGCUUGCGAGACCACACUUUUUGAUCGUACUGGUAGAACUUUAAAAAUGGAACCAUUAGCCACUGUGGGCCAACUGUCGAAAUAUCUGCUGAAAAUGGUGGCUAAACAGUGGUAUGACAUGGAGCGCAGCACUUUCCUCUAUUUGAAGAAAUUGAGAGAACACAAGCAGGGCAUGGUGUUUAAGCACCAUUGUGAUUUCGACGAAGAAGGUCUUAUUUAUUACAUAGGUUCGAAUGGCAAGACAUGUGAAUGGGUUAAUCCGGCCCAAUACAACCUUGUACAAGUCACCAGCUCGGAGGGCAAAACAUUGCCCUAUGGAAAACUGGAAGAUAUUCUCUCCCGCGACAGUAUAUCGGUAAAUUGUCACACAAAAGAUAACAAAAAGGCUUGGUUCGCAAUAGAUCUCGGAGUUUUUAUAAUACCAAAUGCAUAUACGCUGCGUCAUGCCAGAGGCUACGGCCGAUCCGCGUUGCGAAACUGGAUGCUACAGGCUUCAAAAGAUGGUGUCAAUUGGACCACACUGGUAACUCAUGCCGACGAUAAGAGUCUCGUUGAGCCUGGCAGCACAGCCACGUGGCCUAUUGUCUGUGCUCCGGACGAAAAUCAAGGUUUCCGACACAUUCGAAUCCAGCAAAACGGCCGUAACGCAUCUGGCCAGACACAUUAUCUAAGUUUGAGUGGUUUCGAAAUUUAUGGACGUGUUGUCAGUGUCUGUGAUGACAUUGGUAAAGGAUCCAAGGAAGUAGAAGCCAAGAUACGUCGUGAGCGUAGGCAAAUCCGUGCCCAGCUAAAGCAUAUUACAACUGGCGCACGCGUAGUUCGUGGUGUUGAUUGGCGCUGGGACGAUCAGGACGGUGGCUGCGAGGGAACUGUGACGGGGGAAAUACAUAAUGGCUGGAUAGACGUCAAAUGGGAUCACGGAGUGAGAAACUCGUACCGCAUGGGCGCUGAGGGUAAAUAUGAUUUAAAAUUAGCCAACAGCGAUAACGUUUCAAUGUUCGAGGGAGGCUCAAAUAUAGCUCCAAAUACUGCAGGCAAUAGCUCUAAGAAGGGCAUAUCACUAACGUCGAGGAAAUCUAGUUCCACACCUUCUCUACCAGAAGCCACGGAGAUCAAUCGAAACUCUGAAGGACCACCAGAUCAAGCCGCGUCUGCCGAUAAUUUAGCAUGGAAACAAACCGUAGAGGCAAUAACCGAAGAUGUAUUUUCAUCUGUUAAGUCUCAAAUGCUUGCUGGAGGCACAGGUAGUGCUAUGGCCACAGAUGAAAAUCAAAGUCUACAGAACAAGAACGUAUCCAGUAGUGGUGCAGCAGGCGGGGCAACUCCAGGAACGGCUUCUACCCUACUGCGAGAACGCGAUAAUAUAACUGAUUUAUCGGCCAUUAACAAUUCAAUGCAAGCUAUUAAUGCCAACGUAGCUUCCGAUUUGGCUACAAUUACCGAAAAUUUAGCUCUAAGCGAUAAUCCUCCUGGCAUAGGGCUGGCAGCGAUUACAAGUGCCCCGGCGGGCUUUAAUACAUCGAACAGCAGUGGCAAGAAUGCAUUGGCAGCAAUAUUUGGUACCAAUUUCGGUACUGCAUCGACUACAGCCGGAACGUCCAACUCAUCGUCCUCCACCUGUGAGGCAAACAACAAAAUGAAUGCCAAUAACACGGCUGGUUCUGUUGGAGGUAGCAUAAGCAAAGGCCUAUUGGUAAACUUGCGGUCUGGGUCAUCGGCUAGUCAGCGAGUGUCUCAGUUUUCAACAGAUGCCCUCGAAAUGAUUGACAAAAUGAGGGACGGUGUUGACAUGUUGCGCAACAAUACCAACAACAUCCUGACAUCAGAUAUUCUCUCACUGCCCGGUUCUAAUUUGCUGGCAGCUGCCUGUGUCAAUAAAUCAUCCAAUAAUAAAACUGACAAUGCAGACAAUAUGAGUAACAUCAGUGUCGAAUGUCCUCAGAAUACGACAGCAAAUGUGUCAAACAGCGGACCUGAUGUAGCCACCACAAUCGACAAGAACUGCAGCAGCGAUUCCCAAGUAGAAAGUGGUGUCUACGCUGAACAACUAAAUGCGGAUGGCAGUCAUCCCAUCACAGUGGUGGACGUGCAAGCACCCACAGAAAGUGGGGGCAACAAUGAAAAUGUUGUUUCCGUAUCAGUAUCGAAUCAGAUGAGUGUCAGUGUGCCGAAUCUAACAACGACUUCAACUUCGGAGACACAAUCUCAGUCGGAGACAUCAACACACACUGGGUUAUUGGAGACCUUUGCCGCUAUGGCUCGUCGCCGCACUUCUCAGGGUACCAACUUACAGAACAACCAAAUUAUGAAUACAUCAAACAGUAAUUCCAAUGAUCGUAAUAAUCAGAACUCUGGCGGGGGCUCCAAUUCAUUCUUUCCACGUGGACCCAAUUCUGUUACAAGUCUAGUGAAGUUGGCACUUUCAUCUAACUUCCACUCUGGUCUUUUGAGUACAGCUCAGAGCUAUCCGAGUUUGUCAUCGAAUAAUGCGGCUAACACAGCUGGAUCCAACGUAAGUUCCAGCACAGGAAACUCUUCCUCUGGUCAACAAGGGCAAACAUCUAUCAAUCCUGCUCUUACCAUGAGUCUUACAUCAACAUCUAGCGACAGUGAACAGGUUUCAUUGGAAGAUUUUCUGGAGAGUUGUAGAGCUCCGGCAUUACUGGGCGACAUGGAUGACGACGACGAUAUGGACGAGGACAACGACGACGAAGAAAACGAAGACGAAUACGAGGAGGUCGGAAACACGCUACUGCAAGUCAUGGUGUCGCGGAAUUUGUUAACAUUUAUGGAUGAUGAAACACUGGAAAAUCGUUUAGCCGGCGUAACCAAACGGAAAUCCUGGGACGACGAGUUUGUAUUGAAGCGUCAGUUUUCUGCACUUAUACCUGCUUUUGAUCCCAGACCAGGUCGUACCAAUGUCAACCAAACGUCUGAAUUGGAAAUCCCUGCUCCUGGUACGAGCACAGAUUCGAUGCGUUCGCACGAUCAAGAAGUCCUGCAACAACCAGUUUUGGCAUUGUCCUUGCGUGGACCCAGCAUUGGGGGAAUUCCAGACGUAGAGAUUGAAUUGGAUAACAAUGACUGGACAAUAUUCCGAGCAGUACAGGAGCUUCUUCAAGCUUCGCAAAUGAAUAAAACUGACAAGUUCCGCAAAGCUUGGGAGCCAACAUACACCAUUGUCUACAGGGAAGUGCAGCAGACGCAGCCAGAGGAUACCGUUGAUGCUGAUGACGGUCCAAAUACUCCCGUUGUGUCCUCGAAAAGUGGGGCAUCUACAUUGUCACCAAACUCCCCUGUCAGAGGUGAAUUCAUUACAUCGGAGAACGUGAAUUGCACCGUGGAAGAUGUAUUGCAGCUAUUGAGCCAACUCAAUACGCUGAAUCAGGGAACAAACGAACCAUCCAAUAGUAUCCUUGCUGAGUCCACACAUGGAAACGUACAUCUACCGCACGAGAUAUUCAUGAGCAAGAAGAUAACAAACAAACUACAACAACAAAUCCAAGAUCCUUUAGUAUUGUCAAGCAAUUCUUUGCCUUCGUGGUGCGAAGAUCUAAAUCAAUCUUGUCCCUUCUUAUUCCCAUUUGAAACUCGGCAACUUUACUUUAAUUGUACUGCAUUUGGAGCGUCAAGAAGUAUCGUGUGCCUGCAAUCGCAAAGAGAUGCUACGUUGGAGCGACAACGGAUGCCUGGUUUAAGCCCACGGCGGGACGAUCAGCACGAAUUCCGAGUCGGGCGCCUAAAACAUGAACGCGUAAAAGUGCCUCGCGAUGAAAACCUACUAGAAUGGGCCAUGCAAGUAAUGAAGGUACAUUGCAAUCGCAAAUCUGUGUUGGAGGUUGGAUUUACGGGAGAAGAAGGAACUGGUUUAGGUCCAACAUUGGAGUUUUUCGCUUUGGUGGCAUCUGAAUUACAGAGGUCUGAUCUUUGCAUGUGGUUGUGUGAUGACGAACAACCAAUCCCUGACGAUGGCGAAAGCAACAAUGACCCCGAAGAAAACAGAUCAUCAUCGUCAGCAUCAGCAAAAGAUUCUCCUAAGCCUAUUGGAUACUAUGUUAAUCGCCGUGAAAAUGGACUGUUUCCCGCACCAUUACCUCAAGACUCGGAUGUUUGUGAAAAGGCCUGCCGUUACUUCUGGUUUUUGGGUGUUUUCAUUGCUAAAGUUUUACAGGAUAUGCGUUUGGUAGAUCUACCACUUUCGAACUCGUUUCUUCAGUUGUUGUGUCACAAUAAAAUGCCUUCCGCUAGCUCAAAUCCUCAUGUUAGGCCAUCAACAGUGACAGAUGAUGUUAUGGUAUCGUCAGUAAUGUCCGAAGAUUCGGAAUUAGCCGAUACAUGUUCAAAGCUGCUCGGCGCCACCUACCCAUCCGAGUCAAGGUGGUACGAUGGCAUUUUAACAUAUGAAAAUCUUGCCGAAAUCGAUCCCAUACGCUAUGAGUUCAUCAAAGAAAUCCAAGAUCUAUUGUCUCGGAAGCAAGCUAUUGAAUGUGAUUUAAAUAUUUCACCAGAACAGCGUCAACUUGCUAUUGCAGAUCUUAAGUUGCGGACUCGUAAUGGCACGGAAGUUAAACUAGAUGAUAUGGCAUUAACAUUUACUUAUUUACCCAGCUCGUCUGUGUACGGAUAUGAGUACGUCGAAUUGACACCAAACGGCGCUGACAUCGAUGUGAACAUAAACAACCUGGAAGAAUACUGCGACUCAUUGAUUAACUUCUGCCUGCAAGACGGCAUUGCAAAGCAAUUGGAUGCUUUUCACAGCGGCUUUUGUGAAGUGUUUCCUUUGAAAAAACUGGCCGCCUUCAGUCCAGCCGAAGCACGCAUGAUGAUAUGUGGAGAACAGCAUCCCGAAUGGACCAGAGAGGAUCUCAUUAAUUAUACUGAACCGAAAUUAGGCUAUUCCAAAGAUAGCCCCGGAUUUUUGCGAUUCGUGAAUGUACUGAUGAGCAUGAACGGUCCUGAACGCAAAGCUUUCCUCCAAUUCACAACAGGGUGCAGCAGCCUACCGCCUGGGGGCUUGGCAAAUCUUCAUCCUCGUUUGACUGUCGUUCGAAAGGUUGAUGCUGGAGAAGGCAGCUAUCCCUCGGUGAAUACCUGUGUCCACUAUUUGAAGCUACCUGAUUAUCAGACAGAAGAAAUCAUGAAAGAACGUCUGCUAACAGCAACCAGAGAAAAGGGAUUCCAUUUGAAUUAAUGUUAUGCAACAAUGUUAACUGUGAAGAUUUUGUUUUGUGUUGUUUCUUAAAUUACGUUUUUUCAGCUUUACUAAAUCUUAAUAUGUUAAUGAUAUUAAUGUUUGGUUGGUUGAUUGAUUGAUAAAUGGAUGGAUGGAUGGAGUUGUGUGUAAAACGCCAACAGAAAAUUAUAUGCAUUUUCUACAUUUACUUCAUCAUCGCGACCAAUUUAUAUUCUUUUAAAAAUUAAUGUAUGUAAAUUCUCCUUACUGUUAUUAUACAUUUUUUUCUAUAUUAUCGACUAUUUUAUUUAUAUUUGUCCUUGUUUUUUUCUUUUUGAUUUUGUGAGCAUUAUGAUGAGAUUAUUUGAUGCCGAGUUAGUAAGAUGAAACGGAAAACGAGAUUUCAAAGAUUUUUUGGUCUCGCUUUUAAUAUUGUUUUUAAUUUUAUUCAAUGCAAUUUUUGUCUUUUUCAAUUUGGUUUGAAAUUUUGUUAAUUUAUUUGAUGUUUACGUUUUUCUCAAUGAUAGUAAUUUUUAGAAGAAUAACAAUUCAAACCAAAUUACCUUUAACUAUUACAAGGAAAUGUUUAUUACCAUCAUUAAUUACCACCACCAUUAGUUAUUGAUAAAAAAAAGAAGAUAUACAUAUAUAAACAAAAUAUGCUGAGGUGAAUUUUAAGUGUUUCUUAUAUUGAUUACACAUACGAAAUAAUGUAAAUAAUAUUAAAACUUAAUUUAUUAUAAUAUCCAGCUUCUUAUAUUAAUUAAAAGGAAUUCAAUUCGAUUGAAACUAGAAACAAACUUAUUACAUACAUGCAUCUACCUUUUCAAUGAAGAUAUAACAUUCACUCACACUAUUCAAAGGGUCUAGGAAUCCUAUACUGUGUAGAAGAAUUAUUAAAGUAAAAUAAACAUAUUCACUUAUUUUAGUAGUCACAUUUUGUCAGCCUCCUUAAUAGAAAUGAGUUGAUAACACCCGCUAUUGAUACGUAUUGAUACGGCGUUCGUUCUCCAAAAUUAGGUAGAUACUAUGGAACGAUCGGUUUUUUGAAACUAAUUUUAAAUGAUUGAUUAUAACUAGAAGGGGUAAGAUGACACUCCAUUUGGUCCGUCGAUCACUUAUGGAUUGAUAUGCGUUUGGAAGAUCUACAAUACAACAAACAAUCAUCAACCGUUCAUAAUAAAAGGGGUUUAAAAAUAAUCUCGCAUUGGCUAAAGUUAUACUUUUAUACAAAAUGCAUAAUUUCUUAAAUAUUGCAAGAGCUUUGCUAACUUUUGUCCUGAUUAUCAUGAUCAUUAUGUUAUCCUAUUUAAUUACAUUAGUUUUUAAGAUUAUUUUCUAAGAGUUACUUGAAGAUAUGUCGUAAUAAAUCUUAUUAAAAUAUUA